UAUUCUGCAUGAAACCAGGAUGUUGGUCUUGCAGAGGUGGCUCAACGGAAACCCACGCGUCUUCACUACGCAGUUCGUAAAUGCUGAGUCACGCGGUAUGGUUCGGCCAGACUUUUCACCGUUGGAUCGUCCCAAAGUGAAAGAAAACAACAAGAUCAUGGAGUCGCCCUUGUCUCGAUGGUUCCCACUGUUGCUGUUCGCCCGGAACCGUACGCAUAUAAAUGGCUUCAACUGAACAAGAAGCCAUCAGCUCCUAACCAAACCUCCACUGAGAGCGCUUUCCAGCCACUUACCGAGCGAAUCAACAUGCAAUCAACUGUUUCAUUGUCGUUGCUGACCAUCUUUUUGGCUGUACCUUUAUGCAACUGUCAGCUGACGGCUUUUCAUCCGUUCACCAAUGCAGCCUCGACAAGCUUCGCUCCAGUACCUUUUGCCACUUGGAUGCCUUCCUUAUUUUCUGCUACACAAUAUCACGCCCAGGAUGAGCUCGGCCAAGCUUCUUAUGGUUAUGCUUACCCCGGACAAGCAGCCGCCAAUUUCCGAGAUGCUUGGGGUAACCAAGUCGGCAGUUGGGCGUACAUCGAUCCGGAAGGGAAAGAGGUCCGCGUUAGUUACGUAGCCGAUGCGGGAGGAUUCCGCGUCCUUUCAAAUAACUUGCCCCAAACCCCAAUGCAAGUCGUUUCCUCUCCUCCCGUGGCUCCCGUAUCCGACACGCCCGAAGUUGAAGAAGCUAAACGUUUACAUUUUGCGGCUGUAGUUGAAGCAAAAGCGCGCAAUGCAGCCGCAGUCACAGCUGCUAAGAUUCGCCAUCGUCGUAGCCCUGGACAAUUCUAUUCGGCACCUAAACAAAUGGUCCAUUAUCAGACUUAUCAUAGCCAUCAGAAAGCUGCCGUUCCAGUUGUUCACGCAGCACCUGUGAGUGUUAAACCUUUACCCGUUGCUCCUGUUGUCCAGCAUUCAGGAGUUCACGCUGUGCCGUCUUUCCCUGCUGUUAAGGACGUUCCAUUAGCUACUGCUGUCCACGCAGAAGCUCACGCCGUUGCAGCGCCGAACUCAGUAGUUGUCCAACUUGGGCCAGUAUCAUCUCCAAUCAUCAGCAAAUUCCAUUCACAAGAUGAGUUUGGCCAAGCUGCUUUUGGUCACGUAACUGCCGACCAAUCAGCUUCAAAUUUCCGCGACGCUUCCGGUAACCAAAUGGGUCAUUACGCCUACAUCAAUCCCGACGGCCAACAAAUUAUCGUCUACUACACAGCCGGAGCAGGUGGUUUCCAAGUCGUGUCGAAUGCUCUUCCGCAGGCCCCCACCGUUCCUGUUUUUCAGCAUGCCGUUGAUACCGUCCCAGCAGUCAUUCAAGAUACUGCCGAAGUGGUGCAAGCUCGUAGGGAACAUCUAGCCCUUGUCAAAGAGGCGCGGAGUGGUGUCAGAUUGUAAUCAAGUUUGGUUUGAUUUACUAAAAAGAUCCCCGAUCUACAACCAAAAGAGUCUUCGUAUGUACAUAAGUGUUAAUGCUCGUUGGACGUCGGUAUUAAACAGUAAUAAACUUGUAAACAAUCAUAA